AUGGAAGUUCUAUGCUCCUACUCCACUACUGCUCUUCUUCUCCAGUUUAACACUUGUCGCAGACGAUCAUCUAAUUUGCAGCACCGUAAGAGGCUGCUUGGGAUGAGCGUAAAGGCUGCAAGAAGAGAUUCGAGUGAAAGAGAUUAUGGGGGUCGGCUUGUGGAUGAAAACAUGAUCACUCUCCGUAUGCGCAUUAGAGAGAUGAAGAUGUUGGAGACAAGCACUUCUAGUGAUGAUGAUCUUCAUCAAAUAUUGCCUUCGGAUUGGAUGGAGUGGGAGAAGAAACAUUUCUUCAACUAUAAUAAGGAUGUUUGUGAAGUUUUAGGGUUAUUGCAAAACUAUUUCUUGAAUACUAGGCCAAGUUUAGCUUUAGGGAUGCUUGCACUUGUUGCAUUGAUUGUGCCUAUAUCAACUGGAGUAGUCUUGUUUUCUGCUCUGCAGAUUGCUAAGGGGAUUUUCUUUUAA